GGUGUUUAGUUAGCACAUUUAUUUAAAGUAUAGUCCGGCAAAAUUCCGUAAUAGUCUAGGCUGUCUAGGCACAUCUGUGGAAAGUGUUUGGUAGCCAGAAAUAUGCUGAGUAUAAGAAAUAUAUUUAAAUUGGUUCAGAAGGGGAUUGGGCAUGUUAAAGGAAACAAUUUGCAUCUUAGUAACACAUUAUUAUGUCAGCAGCGCACCUUGUCACAUGCUGCUCCAGGAAGUCCAGCUUCAUUGUAUUUCUUCACAGAGGAAGAAAAGAUGAUGAAGGAAACUGUUUCAAGAUUAGCAGAAGAGAAAAUUUCACCACUUGUGAAAAAAAUGGAACAGGACUCAAAGUUUGAUUCUAGCGUAGUAGAUGCACUUUUUAAAAAUGGGUUAAUGGGCAUUGAUGUUGAAACAGAGUAUGGAGGUUCAGGGCUGUCUUUCUUUGCAUCAGUAUUAGCAGUGGAAGAGGUAGCCAAAGUGGAUCCAUCUCUCAGUAUCUUUGUGCAUAUUCAAAACACUUUGGUGAAUGCCCUGAUAAGUAAAAUUGGCACUCUGGAACAAAAAAAGAAGUAUCUACCCUUAUUAACUCAGAGUGUGGCUGGAAGUUUCUGCUUGUCUGAAUCUUACUCUGGAACAGAUGCCUUUUCUCUGAAGACAGUUGCAAAGAAGGAAGGAAAUGAAUAUAUUAUAAAUGGUUCAAAAAUGUGGAUAUCAAAUUCAGACAUUGCCGAAGUGUUUAUUGUCAUGGCUAAUGCAAAUCCAUCUGCUGGUUACAAAGGAAUUACCUGUUUCAUCGUUGAAAGAAAUAGUCCUGGAUUAAAUAUAGGCAAGAAAGAAGAUAAACUUGGGUUGAGAGCUUCUGGGACUUGCAUGAUUCAGUUUGAUAAUGUGAGGGUACCAGAAAAUAACAUUCUUGGAGAACUUGGCAAAGGCUACAAAUAUGCAGCAGGAUUUUUGAAUGGUAGCCGCAUUGGUAUAGGAGCACAGAUGGUUGGCAUAGCUCAGGGUUGCUUUGAUGCCACCAUUCCAUACACAUUAGAAAGAAAACAGUUUGGAAAGAAAAUAUUUUCGUUCCAGGCAAUGCAACACCAAAUUGCCCGUGUGGCUACAGAAAUUGAAUGUGCUCGUCUCUUGGUGUAUAAUGCAGCUCGUCUGCUUGAAGCAGGGCAGCCAUUCAUCAAACAGGCUUCAAUGGCAAAGUAUUAUGCAUCUGAAGUGGCAGCUACUACAACAGCUAAAUGUAUUGACUGGAUGGGUGGUGUUGGAUUCACAAAAGACUUCCCUCAGGAAAAGUUCUAUAGGGACUGCAAGGUAGGCACUAUUUAUGAAGGAACGAGUAACAUACAGCUCAAUACAAUUGCAAAAUACAUUGAACAAGACUACACUGUAUGAUGAUAAAGUAUUCUCACACACUCCCCCAAGUCUAUAACAAAAGGCAUGCAUGAUAUUAUUUUAGGACAAAAUCAGGAUCAGUGGUAUAUGCAAAUUGGAGAAUUAUGUGCAAUAAUUUACAGAGAACUGAAGUGUCAAUAUUUGUUAUAUUCUUUUAAUGUAAAGUAAUAAGAAAAUUAUAUUUUAUAUGCAUUUACAAAGA